AUGUACACCAAUUGGUUCUUUAACUUUAUCGACAGACACUAUUGGGCUAAUUCUGCACAGUCUACACAUCACUCGUACACAGACGCUGGCAUACUAGCCUUGUCUGGUAGUGCCGAUCCGAAACACCUCGGAAAGCUCGUGCACAGCCUUAUUGGCGAGCUACAUCACACUGCGAGCGCUCCGAUAGCCACGGACGAGUUGUCGCGUGCAAAGGCCCAACUUGAGUCACUGCUUCUCAUGAAUUUAGAAAUGCGGCCCGUCAUGUUCGAAGACAUUGCUAGACAAGUUCUGGCCACAGGAAAGCGUCGACAGCCGCAACACUGGAUUGAAGAAAUAAGUAUGUUGCAUUUCUGUGUAGGCUUUUAA